AUGGAACCUAUGUUUAUCUACGGCAUGUGUUUAUGUAAUAGUGGAGACAUAUCUGCGACUCAAACUGGUGCAUCCACGGGCAAAACCCCCUCAAGUGUACGUAGUAAAGCAAUUUGGGACAAAGAUGCGAGGGAGUGCUUCAUCCUCAUAUGUGUGGAAGAGUUGGGUGGUGCUAACUACAAAUCAGGAACCCAACUUACAAAGCUGUGGAAGAACUUAGUGUUAGGUGAAAGUGGAUUGGGUAAGGAUCCUGACACUGGUGCAAUAACAGCAUCAGAUGAGUGGUGGGAGUUGAAGCUAAUGCGACAUCCUGAUUGCUAUAAGUUUAAGCUGAAGCCCUUAACAUUGGAGGAAGAAAUGCGUAUUCUUUUUGGUAGCAACACAAAACAGGUGGCUGUUGAUGGCUUUGCUACAAAGAAAGGCAAAGGGAAAAAAGGUACAGUCACGUCAAGGCUUGAAGCCUGUAUGCAACAAAUAUGUGAUUCAACUGACAGUGCUAGUUCUCCAUCUGUCCAGCGUGUUGCUGCUGAGAUUCCUACCAUGAAAGAAUGCGCAAACAAGUUGUCAGAGCUUCGUGAGUUCAACGAGGAUGCUGAGUUAUGGGCACAAGGCUUUAACCUUUUCAAGAAUAGUAAAAUCCGAGCAAUAUUCAUGUCGUGCCCUGACGAUCUUAGGAUGUACCACUUCAUCACCCAAGAAUUAAACAGAGCACAAACAGCAGAGCUUGCCAAAACUUGA